AUGAGUGCGGAGGACAGCUCUGCUCGGAGGCCUUCGGACUCGGUGGACGAGGCAGGAACGGCAAAGCGUAAGGGAGGCAAGAAGGCAAAAGCGGUGGAGGACAGGGUGGCCGAUGACGCCGGCAAGCCUAAGCCGGUUCUAGCGAAGAAGAGUUGCGCGGAGUGUCGGAGGAUGAAGGCCAAGUGCGAUAGGGUAUUCCCGUGCUCCAAUUGCCGGAAACGCGGGUGUGCGCUUGCCUGUCCCGACCAGGACCUCAGCUGUAUGCAGGGAAAGCGGCUCGUUCUCGCCUCGACGGAAGAGCUUCAUGAUCGUAUCUCGGAGCUUGAGGCUGCCCUUGCCUUGGCGCAGCGUCAGAUUGACACCUCACCGCACCCACUCCUCGCCGGUGAGAACAAUGAGAGCGCGAUUGUCGGGACGGAAUCACCACUGGGUCGGACCAGUAUCAAAAGCGAACAGCUGGGCGCGGAGGAUGCGCGUCGUCUCUCCCCUACCCAACGGUCAUCCAGCCACAGCAGCUUCGUCCUUCGUACACCACUGCCAAACGAGCACUUUGGUGACAGGGGCCAGCAAGGUCGAAUGGCGGUGGAGAACCUUUUAAUCGAUGAAGGGAAUAUCGGGACCGAGGGCAAGAGGGAGGAUGAUUGGGUCGGAGAAAACGCUGCGCCCGCUCUAAUCGUGAGUUUACCCGUCGGAAACGCUGCUACCACGGAAGACUCGGUCGACCGCCAAGCUAUCCUGAACCGGCUGAGAAGCAUUGUUCGCGUUCUCCCGGACCGCGAGACCACCCAGCGUCAGGCCGAGCGCUUCUGGUCACAAUCGACAUGGUACCAGAACAUCCUCCGGCGGGAGGAGUUUGAGGCAAUCUACGAAUCGGCCGUCUACUCGCCCUCCCCAUCCAACCCGCUCACUCCACACAAGCUCGCCUGUGUGCUUAUGCUCCUCACUCUCGACACCUACUUUGACGUCGGCGGAUCUCAGGAUAAUCCUCUGAUUGGAGAGUACUGGGGAGGCGUCCAGAAGUGCUUUGACACAAGCUUUGGGUGGGGCGCUAGUGUUGCGGGAGUGCAGGCGCUCGGGCUGGCGUCGCUCUUUGUUGGAUUUGGAUGGCGAGGCGCCGGAGCGAGCAAUUUUUACUGGCUCCGACAGAUGACCUCUGCAGCACAACAGCUCGGCCUGCACAAGGACCCGCACCCGUCUAUAUCGCCCACGGAGCAGACGUUCCGCCGUCGCGUAUUCCACGAAGCAUACACACUCGACUGCCUUAUGUCGAUCAAUCACGGUCAGCGGACCGCGAUCCCACAUGACAGUAUCGAAGCUACAUAUCCGGACGACAAUAUGCCGCUGUGCAAGCUCAAGUACAUGUACAUGGGGCAUGUCAAGCGGCAGGUCAUUGAGAUAGGAUGCGCGCCAGAAUCG